AUGGCUCUGGAUGAAGAGGAAAGACCCCAGCUGGGCCCCGAAGUGAGAGGGCCAGGAGGUAUGCGUCUGAUUAACACCAGAGAGAGACCAGACUUUCCCUUUGACAGACGGAAGAGUCCUUCAGGGGAACCAGACCCAGAGACUCCCAAACCAGUGACACGACAUCACUGCUCCCUGUGUGGAAGGAGUUUUACCAAGUUAGGGAACCUAAAAGAGCACGAGAGAAAACACACAGGAGAAAAGCCUUUCCAAUGCUCCCAGUGUGGAAAGAGAUUUUCACGAACUCAUGAACUAAUAUUACAUGAAAGGACACACACAGGGGAAAAACCACACAAUUGCUCCCAGUGUGGAAAGAGUUUUGCGCAGUUAGGGAACCUAAAAAAACAUAAGAGAAUACAUACUGGGGAGAAACCUUACCCCUGUUCCCAGUGUGGAAAAUAUUUUAGGUUGUCAGAACACUUAAAAUCACACGAGAGGACACACACAGGGGAAAAAACACACAAUUGCUCCCAGUGUGGAAAGAGUUUUUCCCAUUUAGGUAACCUAAAAAAACAUAAGAGAAUACACACUGGAGAGAAACCUUACCCCUGUUCCCAUUGUGGAAAGAAAUUUAGGUUAUUACAAAACUUAAAAUCGCAUGAGAGGACACACACAGGGGAAAAACCACACAAUUGCGUCCAGUGUGGAAAGAGUUUUUCCCAUUUAGGGAACCUGAACAAACAUAAGAAAAUACACUCUGGAGAGAAGCCGUAUCCCUGUUCCCAAUGUGGAAAGAAUUUUACAUUGUCAGAAAGCUUAAAAUCACAUGAGAGGACACACACAGGGGAAAAACCACACAAUUGCUCCCAGUGUGGAAAGAGUUUUUCCCAUUCAGCGACCCUGAAUCAACAUAAGAGAAUACACUCUCGAGAGAAGCCUUACCACUGUUCCCAGUGUGGAAAGAAUUUUGCAUUGUCAGAUAACCUGAAGGAGCAUGAGAGGACACACACAGGAGAAAAUCCUUACCACUGCUUCCAGUGUGGAAAGAGUUUUACUGACUUGGAUAGCCUGAACAUACAUAAGAUAAUACACUCUAAAGAGAAACCGUACCAUUGUUCCCAGUGUGGAAAGAGUUUUACUAAGCCAGGGAACCUGAAAAGGCAUGUGGACAUACACACACAGGGGAGGGUAAGCUCACAGUUUGGAAAGAGUUUUAGUUAGGGAACCUAAUUGUGGAAAGACAUUUUCCCGGACAGAGGACCUGAAAUCACAUGACAGAAUAGACGGGCUGUGUUCUGAUGAGUCACUGUGUUCUGACUGAUGUUUGACUGUUGUGUUAUGGCACAUUAAAUCAUAUUGUUUAUAUGAAUAUUAUAUAUAACUAAAAAAUAGGCCUCUACUUUUGUUUUAGUUUUUUCCUCUGGAGACAUGGUCAUGUCUAAAAUCAGAUUCACAUUUUAAAAUGUGAUUCAUUGAAUACAAGUAUGAACCCUUAUUAGUCCACAAUGUGUUGAUUGUAAAAAUGAUUUGAUU